GCUCAUAAAGGAGGAGGAGGAGGGGGAGGAUGCUCCAGGCACCGGACCAGAGCACCGAGGGCAGCCGGACACCGGGACUGCCACCAUGGCUCAGUCCAAGGGCACAGUGGUCCUUGCCUACAGCGGGGGGCUCGACACCUCCUGCAUCCUGGUGUGGCUGAAGGAGCAGGGCUACGACGUUGUCGCCUACCUGGCCAACAUCGGGCAGAAGGAAGAUUUUGAGGCAGCACGAAAGAAAGCUCUGGCACUGGGGGCCAAGAAGGUUUACAUCGAGGACGUGAGCAGGGAGUUCGUGGAGAAGUUCAUCUGGCCGGCAGUUCAGGCCAACGCCCUGUACGAGGAUCGGUACCUGCUGGGCACAGCCCUGGCACGGCCCUGCAUCGCCCACAAGCUCGUGGAGAUCGCCCAGAGAGAGGGAGCCCAGUUUGUCGCCCACGGCGCCACGGGCAAGGGCAAUGACCAGGUCCGGUUCGAGCUCAGCUGCUAUGCCCUGUGUCCCAAGAUCAAGGUUGUGGCGCCGUGGAGGCUGCCCGCGUUUUACCAGCGCUUCCCUGGACGCCGUGAGCUGAUGGAUUAUGCCAAGAAACAUGGGAUCCCCGUGCCUGUGACACCUCAGACGCCCUGGAGCAUGGAUGAGAACCUAAUGCACAUCAGCUACGAAGCCGGGAUCCUGGAGAACCCCAAGAACCAGGCUCCUCCCGGGCUCUACACCAAGACCUGUGAUCCGGCCAAAUCUCCCGACACCCCAGACGUGCUGGAGAUCAAGUUUGAGCGGGGUGUCCCAGUGAAGGUCACCAACAUUGGGGAUGGAGCCACUCGUUCCUCAGCCCUGGAGCUCUUUGUGUACCUGAACGACAUCGCGGGCAAGCAUGGGGUUGGGCGCAUUGACAUCGUGGAGAAUCGCUUCGUUGGCAUGAAGUCCAGAGGUAUCUAUGAGACCCCAGCAGGAACGAUCCUAUACCACGCGCAUUUAGAUAUCGAGGCCUUCACCAUGGACCGGGAAGUGCGGAAAAUCAAGCAGGGACUCUCCCUGAAAUUCUCAGAGCUGGUGUACAACGGCUUCUGGCACAGCCCUGAGUGCGAGUUCGUGCGGGAGUGCAUCGGGCGCUCGCAGGAGCCGGUGGUGGGCACCGUGCGCCUCUCCGUCUUCAAGGGCCAGGUCUACAUCCUGGGCAGGGAGUCCCCACGGUCACUGUACAACGAGGAGCUGGUCAGCAUGAACGUGCAAGGGGACUACGAGCCCGCCGACGCCACCGGCUUCAUCAACAUCAACUCGCUCAGGCUGAAGGAAUAUCAUCGUCUCCAGAGCAAGGUCACCGUAAAGCAGGAUGAAUAGCAAUCAAUCGCACGCGAGCCUGCCGCUCCCCUUUCUAAUUUCUCUAAGAAGUAGCGCUAAUUGUGGUGGCAAUUUGUAAUUGUAACUCGUCUCCCUGGAGCGGAGUGGCGGCGGAGGUGACGGCUUUGUUACGGGGCUGCAAGUGAAAUGCAAUCGGGGGGGAAAAAAAAAAAAAUAGGUUUGUCCAUCGGAAGAGAAGUGGGGAAAGAAAUAAACCCCCAGCCACGCGCGGGGUCCGGCAUUGAGAGCCGAGCUUUA